UACAUUGUAACAGGAUCGACCAUUAACUUUAUUUGAUAAGCUAUCACUCACUGCUCACUACAGCGAUAACAAGGCCAUCUUGUACGUUCUUGCACAUUUCAGUUUGCACAUCUUCACGAUUGUGAGUGUUUUCAGCGGUUUGCGUUAACAUGGCUCUCAACCGUGUCUUGUUGUUGGUUUUCUUGCUUAAAACAUUACCGUUUUGUUCUUGUUCUGAUCCCUAUUGCGCUCUUGAUGGUGAAAAUCAGUAUUCUUAUGAGGAGGGUGCAGUAGACGAUUACUCGAAUUCUUGGAUGAGCACUAAUACCGGGUCUAAUGACGAAGUUCCUUCGGCAUCCAUCGUCUGUCCGAACGAUGCUGACACCUGCUUUUCUUACUCUUUUACAAUCGAACGAUGCCAGACGAAUUCAAGCUUUUCUCCUGAAUUCUACUGCAAUUGUGAUUCCGACUGCGAUCAUUUUGAAGAUUGUUGCUAUGGGCAUAGGAACGAGAACGCGUCUAUGCGAUCAAUGAAGGCCAAGUUCUUCCCAGAAAAGCAAUACUGGAGUUGUACCUCGUUCACGAUUGGUAUUGAAUGGUCAACGGCUUGCAUUCGUGAUGUCCUUGUGGUGAGCAUAUGUCCAUCUUCAGCUAGGACAGACCUUGACUUGGUACAAAGAUGUGAGCAGCCGCUUGCGAAUGACACUGUCUUCUUUGACUCCAAGGAGAUCUUCUACCGCAACAGGUAUUGCGCUCUUUGCCACAGCGUGAACUCAUCGGAACUCACCCCUUACAUCAUUUUCACACCUUGUUUGGACAACAGACAAACUGAGAGCAAUCUUUGUGGACGACGGCCAUUUUUAGUCAAUGGAAGCGCCCCUCCACCUAUCCGCUGGUGUUUCCAUGACAGUGCCAUUAUAUCGCAUUGUGAUUCACAAACAGGAGCAGGCGUGCCGUGUUUAAACGAAACGGAGAGAGUGAUAAUCAACGGUAGUAUCUACAAGAACAUUGAUUGUGCAGAAUGCAACGGAGUCUCUGUUGCCAACAGUUCCAGUCUUAGAAGGAACUGUGAAUUUAAUUCCAAAGGCAACACUAUUCCGACUUAUCUUCCUUACAGCCUGGUAGUCUUCGAUAUCACCUACAUAUACCCUCAGCUGCAAUGCAUGAAUGGUCUUCAGUUGUCUGGUACUGAAUGCGUUCCAGAGGUCGGCUCCUGGCCUGAUUGCAGGAACAGACAAAUCAUCUUGGGUGUCAUCACCAACGGAUCUCUGCAGUGCUUCGAUGGUUUCGAAAUCCUGAAGAUUCAGACAUACAACAACUAUCCCAAUACCACUAUCUAUGAACUGAAGGAAGAGGAAUAUGACGGAAGUAAAGUAAGCUUCAUGAUGUUUCCAGCAAACAUCGUACCGCAAAAGACCCAACUAGAAGGCUUCACGGAAAGCAUACUGGGGGAGAAGCGGGGAGACUGUUGUCGGGACAACACCAUUAUCGUUUAUGAAAUGUGUGACAUUGAACAUGAACUGUCCACUGGCAACAAUGUCAAUCUUUCUUGGAUAUCCGACGAUAUCGACUUGUUUGAACCUGUGCUCAUCAAUGGAACAACGUACAUCAUGUACAAUCACACCACCUUUGUGACUCCAUUGUACUGGGAAAAUAAUACUUAUUACAGACGUCUUUCAAGGGAGUGGAAAUUCUCCAUAGAACAGUCCUUCUCGCUUCACGGACAUAUUGUUAACAUCGACUCUUGCGCGUACAUCGUUGUUGGAAACUCUCUUAUUACCGAAAAUGAGAGAGAUAAUGUUACAUACUUGAUAUACCAGGAAAUCUCAUUUCCUCCAGAGAGCUACAUUCGUUACCUGAAUGGCUCUGUCCGUCUCUGCUGGACUGGACCCGAUCCUCCAGAACCUGUCGGCAUGUUCGAGUACUCCAAAGGGCAGAAUAUACUGAACCUCAUACUCGCUAUACUGUCCUCCGUCUGUCUCUUGGCGACGUUGCUCACGUACUGUAUCUUCAAAUCUCUGAGGAAUCUCCAAGGCCUAUCCAUCAUGAGCUUUGUGUCGGCCUUUUUUGUUGCGCAGGUGAUGCUCCAGUUCAUCGCUCCUAACAUGAUAUCUUUGCCAACUGUUUGUACGAUAGCAGCUACCAUCACUCAUUAUUUCCUCCUCGCUGUCUUCACAUGGACGAACAUCUUGGCGUGGGAUCUUGUUCGUCACUUCGCAUCCUCAUCUUUCCUACCAAAGAGAAAUGGUAAGAAGAGACGUCUGGUCGUCUACCUUACCAUCGGCUGGUGUCUUCCUCUCGUCAUCGUCGUUCCCUGUCUGAUUGUACAAGUUCAGAACCCUUCGCUAUUUCGCUACGGCAAGAUCGGGACAUCGUGCUGGAUCUACCAAGCCAGGGCUAUCGUGUUGGCUUUCUUGGUACCUGUCGCCGUCAGUUUCCUCGUCAACAUCGUUCUCUUUUCGUUAACUGCCUACGGUGUUCACAAGAGCAAACGUGAUUCAAGUGCUCUGCACGAAGGUGCUCAUGAGCGAUGGAAGGAGCUCUUCCACGAACUGGUAGUCCACUUUAAGAUAUCAUGCCUGCUUGGUUUUGGAUGGUCCUUUGGUUUCAUCGCUGCGUUUGCCCAGGCUGCUGCUGUUUGGACAAUCUUCAUCAUCACCAGCUCUCUGCAAGGGGUUUUUGUCUUCGUCUUCUUCGGCGCUAACCAACGGGUCAGGGGUCUAUGGCGAAAGAGAAUCCGUGAAUCCAAGUCAGAAGGGAGAAGUACGAGUAACACAGGAACCCAAUCUACGGGAACCAGUCGGGCGAGAGACAGGGAGAGGAAAAAGAUAACAGCGUCGGGUUCAGCCCCGUCAGCUACACAAGUCUAAGAGUUUCUCAGUGACUUAGACUUAGACAACCCGUAGAUUAGAAUACUUUGUUUGGAAUUCCUCCCGGAAAGUUUAGAGAUGAUCGGAAAUAUUCUUUGCCUCAUGAUCAAACCUACUUUCCCUCGUGUUUGUUUCCUAUACUUUUGUCUAUACUAAUGGAAUGUGUUGAUUUGGUUUGAAGGGCCAAUGGUCCUUGUCAACGUUCCUUGAUGACUGAAAAAUACAGUAUCUAGUGAUAGAAAGGCCGAGAGCAGUAAAAGACAAGAUAUAAGCGGAUAACUUGUGAGGCCAUUACAGAUGAUUAUUGCAAGAUUCGGUGCUUUAGGGCUUUGAAAAGAUGGCGGAAACUAUGGAGGAAUCUAAUUAUAAAGUGGUGUGUUUCUGUAUUAAUAAUGCAUAAAUAAAUGUACAUUAUAAGCCACUUCGGAGAUCCUAUCUGCGCAUCGGCAGGUAAAGGUCAUUUGUACAAAAAUAUAAAACCAUCGACUGCUGGAUACGUGUUCAUUAAAGUUCUGUAAUCACCAUUCACUUAUGCACCGGUGGUACAUUCUAUGAUCAUACAUAGAUGGAAUUAUGCUGUCCAAGCGGGCAAACAAAGGGUAUUCAUGAAGCACCACCAGCAUUUUGGCAGUGAUUAUCCUAAAAUGCACAGAGAUGGACGUCUCCAUGUGAAAAAACCUCUGUAGAUAUUUGGGGGUCAUUUUGUACAAAAGUUAACUAUAGCCUAUAGAGGCUUUUCGGUUGUGUUGACGCCAGUCGUCUUCAAGUGGAAGAACUAAUCAGGAUUAAUUUUCCAAACGGCUGAUUUAAAGUAAAGCGAGCCCUGAUUCGCCAUUUGGUAAAGGUUCAACCAUAACGUGCCAUAUACUCCCGUUUUAAUGUUUAUAAACACCUCAUCCAGAUUUUGGGGGAGGAUUAAAAAAAGAAGACUGCCUUUUGAAAAGAAAUAUACUCUAUA